AUGGAAUACGUUCUGUCCCCGGAAGAAAUGGUUGCCCAGACCUCUGGAUGCCUGGCCUUAGACGUGACUAGACCAACUCAACAGCAGGCUUCGCAAGCAAACCAAGUCUCUAGCGAUGCGGACUUUCAGUCCAUUGCCGACGGGAUCUGUGCUCUUGACGUUUGGAACCAACUUCUGACUCCAUUAACAAACUCCUUUCCCCUCGACAAUGGCUGCGCACACGUGGAUCUGGGGUCGCUGCCACAAACCGGCUUCUCGCAAGAAACGGGUCUCUAUUUAUCACCGAGCGAAGAUGAUGACGGAGUCUUGGGAGUGCUGGCCGGCAUCUUUCUCGAUCAUAUUCAUCCAUCCAUGCCCUUCUUCAAGCGCUCAUACUUAUUAGACAACCUGGGUCUCAAACGACAAGAACACGACAUCUCUUUCAACGCACUCAUACACGCCAUCUGCGCCCUGACUCUGCUCCAAACCAGCCACAGAUCAGGCCCUACGAUCCUUCCCAAUCGAAAGGAGCAGGCCGAAACAUUAAUGUCGAGGGCAGUUCAGUUACACAGCUCGACUAACUUGGGCGAGGCACCGACUCUGGAGAAUGUGCUCACGAGCAUAUUCUUGUUUGCAUGUCAGUUCUGUCGUGAAAACCACAAUGCUGCAAAGUUCCGUUUACGAGAAGCCUCAACACUGGCGGAGAUAAUGAAGCUUGGCGAGCUGCAGGCUUAUGGCUGGUUGGCUCCUGAUGAGAGAGACAGAAGGCUAAGGACAGUGCUGGGUUUGACACUGCUUGAGCGGGUGUAUGCUAUUCAGAGAGCCUACCCACUCAACGAAAAGUCACUCACUAGAGGCCAUGUCCACGUCAUCCAAGGCAUGCUGGAGCAGGGAUUCAGUAACUACGAGCUACAGGAUCUCCAAGCUGUAUCUAGCCUCAAGGACAUGAUUGAGUCCUUCGACUUCGUUGACAGCAGACUCCUGAAGUGUUGGAGGAACGAGUGCUGGGUGGAAGGCAAUGAGCGUCAUGUAUCCCCGGCUACAGUUUGCACCUUGCUGAAGCGCUAUGCCUCAUCCAUUCCAGACUCAGGGGCUCACAAUUGGGACUCCCAAAGAGCAGAUAUUACCAUCACACGCCAUUGGAUGCGCAGCGUCCUAUGGAAGUUGGCAUCUAGGCACGGGUUUGUCAGUGAUUUGAGCAAUGACAAGGAACUUCGCCCUAAGUACGUCAUAUCCAUCGCCACGGACGCCAUAGUGACGUGCGAGUCCUUCGGUAUUAGCACUUUGGAGGUGCACGGCAUUGGAUUGACUGAGAAGCUGUACGACAUCAUCACCAGCGCCUUGGAGUUUAUGGAGACCAGACAAAACCCCACUUCCAUGCCUCUCAACGACGACCCUUCGCUGGGUCACGGAAAUGUCUCUGCUCAAACUCUGUCUCCAUGCCGGAAACGCAAUGCUCUAGCAUCCAGUGGGACAGGAAGUGACGCACCCGAACCAAUCUGCCCGCCUGCAGGCCUCUGUAAUCGCUAUCUGGCCAUCUUUGCCUCUUUUAUGGGAGGCGAUCACCCAUUUCUCGGACCAUAUAUGCAGAAACUCUGCGGGCUUGAUAUCUUCGGACCUUAA